GCCGGAAGUCGGCUGCACAUCGGACCGUGGGCGGCUCUUCACCGAGGCAUAGGGAGCCAUGGCCGCGGACGAAGAUGAGUUGAAUCUUCUGGUUAUCAUAGUUGACACCAACCCGAUUUGGUGGGGAAAGCAAGCGUUAAAGGAAUCUCAGUUCACUCUGUCCAAGUGCAUGGAUGCUGUGAUGGUGCUGGCAAACGCCCACCUGUUCAUGAACCGCUCCAACCAGCUAGCGGUCAUCGCCAGCCACAUUCAGGAAAGUCGAUUCUUAUACCCAGGGAAGAACGGCCGACUUGGAGACUUCUUCGGAGAUCCUGGCAACGCCCUUCCUGACUGUAAUCCUUCUGGGAGUAAGGACGGGAAAUACGAGCUGUUGACGGCGGCAAACGAGGUGAUCGCCGAGGAGAUCAAGGAUCUGAUGACCAAGAGUGACAUCAAGGGCCAGCACACGGAGACCCUACUGGCAGGAUCCCUCGCCAAGGCCCUUUGCUACAUUCACAGAGUGAGCAAGGCAGUGAAAGAUAAUCAGGAGAUGAAAUCAAGGAUUUUGGUCAUCAAGGCUGCAGAGGACAGUGCGCUGCAGUACAUGAACUUCAUGAACGUCAUCUUUGCUGCUCAGAAGCAGAAUAUCCUCAUCGAUGCCUGCGUCCUGGACUCGGAUUCAGGGCUCCUCCAGCAGGCUUGUGACAUCACUGGGGGACUGUACCUGAAGGUGCCUCAGAUGCCUUCUCUCCUGCAGUACUUACUGUGGGUUUUUCUUCCGGAUCAAGACCAGCGAUCUCAGCUAAUCCUCCCGCCUCCGAUCCACGUGGACUACAGGGCUGCCUGCUUCUGCCAUCGAAGUCUCAUUGAGAUUGGCUAUGUCUGCUCUGUGUGUCUGUCUAUUUUCUGCAACUUCAGCCCCAUCUGCACCACGUGCGAGACAGCUUUUAAGAUCUCCCUCCCUCCUGUGCUGAAGGCCAAGAAGAAGAAACAGAAGGUGUCCCUGUGAUGAGCGAUACAAGCUUCCCCAUCUCUUCCCACCGACUGCGUCUCUGUAGGGAGCACGGAGGAGUUUGAAACACCGCCUUUGUUCUGUGCUUUUAGGGUGUGAGGCCGGAGAGUACGCACCCCUCUGAUUGGUCUGGAAGGGGGACGGCUUUGUAGGUUGUGGGGCAGCAGGUGCCUGGCGGAUGCUAAUCUGUGGCUCUUUUGUUAGUUGUCGCUUGGAUGCUUGGUGCUGGGUUUUGAAGCCUAGCUUUGCACGAGCUAGGCCUGCAGCCCACCUCAGAACUGCAGUGGGCCCCUGGGAUUUUGUUUUCGCACGAUCCUCGGUCAAAGCUUAUGUGGUGGUGCUGGGUCUUCUGUACUUCAGAAGUAUGUGAGGUUGGGACGUCAUCUGGGAGGGUGACCGGCAUUGGGUCACUGUGGGCCGUGACAGAAUAUCUUAAGUUGCUCAGGUGAUGCACACCUGUAACCUUGAACUUAGGAGGCUGAGACAGGAAGGUUUGGGGUUCAGAUCCCGCCUGGGAUAUGUAUAAGGUGCCGGCUUUUUUUCUUUUUUGACAAAAGAACAUUUUACUUCAAAUAAAUUGUUUCCUUCAACUGUUCUCAAAUGUAACCAGACCUAAAGGCAUAGCCUUCCAUCUCAGCACUCAGGGAGCCCAGACAAGUGCAUCACCGCGUUUGAGGCCAGCCAGGUCUACAUAGUGAGUUCAGACCACACCAACCAGGGUUGCGUCUUGCCACCUUGUUUACAAAAAAUAAACCCCAAACCAGUCACGUUCACAGGGAGAACCAUUGAUCACCAGAAAUGUAAAUGAGUUCAGGAGAAACGUUUGUAAUCUCAACAAUAAAGUCCUAUUUUUGUAUUUACUAA